AUGAAGAUGCUGGAAUAUAUGAUGCAGAAGUUCAGUUUGCAUUUUGCUGAUCCGGAUUCUUUGGCGAAACAGUCCACGUCAGCGGACGCAGCUGCUGCUUCGAUCACCGAGUUCACUUACUAUCCCGACUCUAGCGUGACUUUUGACGCUUGGUUUAAACCUUGGGAAUACAUCUUCCAUGUGGAGUUUGCCAAGGCUGAUGAUGCUUGGAAGGUGCACCUGCUACUACGGAAAUUUGGCCACAAAGAGCACGAGCGUAUUCGAUACCAGUGUCUCAAACUGGUGAAAAACGAGACAGACGAUUUACUGACGCUCGCCAGUACUGUCAACCGCGAGUUUGAACGGUUCAAGCUCCGAGAGUUGACCGAUGACCAAUUCAAGUGCCUCAUCUUUCAACUCAGUUCUUCGUUUGCCGCCAACAGCGUUCAGGCUGUCACCCGCAUGAAGUCAACGUCUCCACAGAAGCUCCAAGAUCCCACACUCAGAAAGCCACCAUUAGCAUGCUGGCAGUGUGGUGACUGGAAUUUCGUUCGCUUCUGCCCAUUAAAGAAGCACGUUUGUUACAAAUGCCAUAAACGAGGGCAUAAGGAAGAUCACUGUCCGGCAGGCCAAUCCCUCAAAUCAAGGGCAGAUGGCCGGAAGGCGAAACGUUCGAACUGCCCUUCAUCUUAUUCUGGCCUAACGUCCCACUCCAUUCUAGCCGGCUUCAAGACUGAAUUUGAGGCACGGAGGAAGUAUCUUACGGUCACUAUCAAUGGCAAAUCUGUACGCCUCCAGUUUGACACGGCAUCAGACAUCAGUCUCAUCUCCAGAAGCACUUGGCAGAUAAUUGGACGGCCCCCGAUGAUCACCUCGGAUAAAAAGGCUAUGAACGUUUCUGGAGGAUUCCUCCGGCUCACGGAUGAGCUCAAGUGUGACGUUUCCUUUGAUGGCACUCAAUUCAAAGGAACAUGCUACCUAACUAAACUUCCGAAGCUUGACUUAAUUGGCCUUGACUGGAUCGAGAAACUCAGUCUCCUGGAAUUGCCGCUUAAGCACAUUUGCAAUAGUGUGCAGUCAACUUGGCCGAGUCGUGCCAAAUCGAAUCAGCUGGCAGCAAAGCUGACGUCGACCCUACAGGCAAAGUUUGCUCCAGUUUUUCAAGACGGUCUUGGCUGCUGCAAGCCGAUAAAUGUCACUCUCCGCCUUCAACCUAAUGCGAAACCUGCCUUCAAACUCAAAAGACCACUUCCUUAUGCUGGACUUACUGCGGUUGACCAAGAACUUGAUCGUCUUCAAAGGGAUGGUGUUCUUCAGCCAGUCAAUUAUUCUGCAUGGGUCGCACCAAUCGUGGAUGUCAAGAAAGCUACAGGAAAAGUCCGAAUCUGUGCUAAUUCUUCCAAUGCUGCUCUAGACACACAAAAGUAUCCUUUGCUUGUGCCGGAAGAUCUUUUUUGCUAA